CAGAUAACAUUUCAAAUUGGUAACAUUUUAAUGUUUAAAAAAAAUAUUAUUAUGUUUCAGUUCCACCUCAGAGACCAAAAAUAUUCGAUGAAGGCGGGCGGGAAUUAACAUCAGUUGCAGGUCCCUAUGAAGAAGGUUCAGAAAUGAAACUUACUUGUGUUGUUUCUGGAGGACGUCCUGAACCUUGGGUAAGGUGGUGGAGAGAUGAAACCUUGGUAGAUUCGUCUGAUACUAUUGCAGGAUAUCCAAAUGUGAAGAAAAAUCAACUUGUGAUCAGCAGAUUAUCGCGAGAACAUUUAAAUUCUGUUUUCACAUGCCAAGCAUCUAAUAACAAUAUUAGUCAGCCAGUUUCAACUAGUCUUACAGUUGAAAUUCAUUUUAAACCAAUGAAUGUAUCAAUCAUCACAGAAAUGCAACCAAUGUCAGCCAACAGGAAAUACAAAAUUGUUUGCGUCAGUAUUGGUUCCAGACCUCCAGCUAAAAUUUCUUGGUGGCGUGAUAAUGAACUACUAACUUCUGUAUCUGAAAAGAUUUCUGAUGAUGAAAAUGUUACCACUUCAACUCUCGCAUUCACACCUUCAAAUGAUGAUAAUGGUGGUCGUCUCACUUGUAGAGCUGAUAAUCCAAGAGUAAAUGGUGCUGCCCAGGAAGUUACUUGGAAAUUGGAUGUUCACUAUAUGCCACAUGUGCGAUUAGAGUUAGGAUCAAAAAUGAAUCCAGAAGAUAUUGAGGAGGGAGAUGAUGUUUACUUUGAAUGUAAAGUAAAGGCUAAUCCUGGAGCUUACAAAGUAUUAUGGAAGCACAAUAACCAAAUAAUUCAGCAAAGUAUAAAAGGUGGAGUUAUUCUCAGUCAUAAAGCAUUAGCACUACAAUCUGUGAGAAGAACACAAGCUGGAAAUUAUACUUGUGUUGCUUCAAAUGUGGAAGGAGAUGGGGACAGCAAUACAGUACAACUAAAAGUCAUGUACAAACCAAUAUGUAGAAGUGAUCAAAAACAUGUGUUUGGAGUUGCAAGAAAUGAAGAUGCAAGAAUUAUGUGUGAAGUUGAUGCAUUUCCUGCACCAGAUAGCUUCCGUUGGUCUUUCAAUAAUUCUGCUGAAGCUAUUGAAAUAACACCUUCAAAAUAUCAUAACUCACUCCACCUUUCUCUAUCUACUCUUUCUUAUACUCCUCAAACUGAAAUGGAUUAUGGGACUGUAAUGUGUUGGGCAUCAAAUACAGCUGGGCAGCAGCGAGAACCAUGUGUUUUUCAUAUUAUUGCUGCAGGUCGACCAGAUCCACCUUACAAUUGCACAUUAAUAAAUCAAACACUCCAUUCUCUUGACUUGGAGUGCUUGGAUGGAUUUGAUGGGGGUCAAGUUCAGAAUUUUCAAUUAGAAGUAUAUAAUUUUGAGACAAACUAUCUUUUAGUUAAUACAACUUCAAAACAACCUGUAUUUAAAGUGGAAGGUUUAAAUCCUGGUGUCAAUGUUAAAAUAAAUAUAUAUGCUUUUAAUUCAAAAGGCAAGAGUGAUAUUGUAAGCCUUGAUGGAUUUACUCUAAAAAUUGCUGAAAAACAAACUGGUACUCCAGUUCCUUUUUAUGUUACACCAGUGGUCGUUGUUCUGGUUGUUGCAACUGUAAUGUUGAUGACCUGUAUUGUUGUUAUUUUUGGGGUUCUAAAAGCUCGAAAUAGAGCUCAUGUAACUACUGAAAGUACUGGCAACCGAUUAAAUGAGAAAACAAAAGUUCCACUACGAAUUGAUGCUAGGGAAAUUUAUGACAUGGAUGACAACAAUCCAGAUCUUAUUCCAUCUAACAAAGCGGAUUCAGAUUAUCAGUUGGUAGCCAAUUCAAGUCUCCAUUCAGGAAAUUUAAAAAUGGCUCAGGAGAGAGGUUCUAGUCAAAGUCAAGUGUUACAUGAAAGUGUUAAAGAUUCCAACCUGCUGAAUGUUGACAUCUAUGAAAACUAUAAGAAUGUACAUCAUAAUAAGGAACAGGGUGAAGACAAUUAUUUUGAAGAACAAUGCAUGAGAAGACUCAAUAGUGGAGAUGUUGCUGCUUCUUCAAUUUUGAAAAGAGAAAUCGCUUCAAAUGUUUUUUCAGAGAAUGACUUGAACCGUUGCAAUUUAUCACCCAGUGGUCUUCCAACACACCGUGAAGUGAUAACUGUAAGAACACCACUGAUGGCCAACCAGCAAGAAAGCUGUGUUUAG